UACAUGGGAAGAAAUGUAGAAAAAGUUUACAUUUGUGUCUUACAGUUUUUUAUUAUUAUUAAUAUUAUUAUUAUUAUUAUUCGCUUCUUGUCGUUCUGUCUCACAGAGGCGCAGUGGUAGGCCUAUUUAUUUUUUGGUUUGGCUUUUUUUUUUUUUUUUUUUCCUGCAGAGGGAUGCUGGAGCCAUCAGGCUGCAGCUGGUUGGGCAGGGACUGCAGGGCAGUAACUAUCAGGGCUUUUCUGUUUCUUGCUCUGUAAAAAGUCCUUCUACACAUUUGAAGCAUCUUUGCCGAUCCCUUCUCUCUUUGCGACUUCCCUGUGCGCCUUGGCGCGCUCCUCAGAGAUGCGUCCUCUCUGUCACAUCAUCACCAUGUGGAUUAGUUUGGCCUUUGUUCUGGCAGCUGCCAGUCCGGGUGGGAGCUGGGGGGGCUGUCAGCUGCCCCACGACUGGAGACCGCAGACAGAAGCGUGCCGCGCCGAGCUGGCGGAGAUCAUCGUGUUUGCCAAGGUGCUGGCGCUGCACAAGGAGUCCUACAGCGUCUACAACUACCUGCCGUGGCAGCACGACACCGACCUGCUCUUCUCCGCUGAGAUCGAGCUGCUGUGCGACCAGGCGUGGGGCAGCAUGCUGGAGGUCCCCACCGGCUCCAGGUUCAAUGUCAGUGGCCUGGGCUACUUACCGUGCUUCACCUACAGCGUCACCCAAAACAACAACUACUACUUCUUCCUCAGGAUGGAUGAGAAUUACAACAUCAUGCCACACGGGGUGAACUUCCAGGACCCCAUCUUCCCUGACACUCCGGAGAACCACCGCAUGUUUGCCAGUCUCUUCCAGUUUUCUAACUGCACUCCUGGAACCCAGGUCCACAGCUUCACUCCAGAGUGGGAGGCUCAGGAGGACAGCCGGUUGUUGUGCUCCACGGUGCAGAAGGCUCUGUUUGAGGAAGAAGAGAGGGUGAAGACUCUCUCCCAGAAAGUGCGUUCUUUGGAGAAAGCCAAUGGCCACCUGAGGGAAAAGGUGAAGACCUUAAAACGUCUGUUACGCCAGGCCCAAAAGGAGACCACCAAGGAGCAACAGACCCUCAGCUUUAAACAGCUCUACGAGUCAAAGACGCCUCAAGCUCAUCCUGAUCAGGACACGAUCCAGGAUCAAAAGAACCAGCCACUUAAACAGGUUCAGACUAAGAAGAUAAAAAGCUAGAUUUAUUGGUUUUACUUUGGUCAGUGUAAAUUCAAAUAUCUUUCUCCUUUUGCAUUUCAUGGCAGAUGUGAGAAGAACUAGUGAAAAGCAAAACAAUUAGGGCCAAUUAAAAUCACCAUAUUUUUAUUAUGAAUACCUUAUAAACAUUUAAUGAUAAAACAAUCAUUUUAAAAGUAUAUAUUAAUAAGCCGUUCCUCCUUUUGGUGCUGGACACAUAUUUCGUUUCAACCUUGAAUCGRCACAUAAAUGGUGUUUUAGCAGCCUUGAAACUGUAUUUUAAAAAAAGUUUCAAAGUGAAAAAUAUACGUUUGAAACGUCACCUUCGUUUUCCUGUAGACAUCUUUUAAAAUCAGUGAUGUCAUUGCCCCACCUUCAAUCUAACCUUGCUUCCUGUUUUUGGUAUAUUUUCUUGGUAGUGUAACAGCGCCUCCCGGUCUGGCAUAGUCACAACAAUAUUUUGAGUUUUAAGUUUCUGUGUGGAUGGAGACAUUUCAAAGAACUGUGCCGUGUUUACAAAGAUAUUUUUAGAAACAACAAAAGAACAUUGUUUUAUAGAAACUGAUUCAAACACCAUUGAACAUUUUGGAUUAUCAAAAAAUCUGGAAUGUGCAAGCCCACAAGUAAAAGUGACUUCAUUUGGUGUUUGCAAAAAAUGUAGCAAAUAAUUUCURAUUUCAGCUUUACUAAAGCUGGGUGUAAGUUACAUUAUGUUAAUUUACAGUUGUACAUCACUAUAUGAAGAUUAGGCAGCCCUGUCACUUUUUCAACAAGGUCUUUCUCAAAAUGCAGGUCAAAUUUUAUGUUUUAUGUUUAAAAAAAAAACAAGCACUUUUUGUUACAUUAUUUAAAAGGUUUACAUUUUCCCAAUUAUGAAUUUUGCUUCUUUGUUUUUAAAAUGCAAAAUUAUUGCAGAUUCACAUUUUUUUUAAGUUUUUUUCCAGCUUUCAGACAGUUAUUAGCAGAUAUUUAUUUAAUUACUUGCUUUUUUGUCUGUUUCUUUUUAUUUUUAAGUGACAGAAUUUGACAGCUUUGGCUUUCCAUACAUGCUAGCGUAUCACAAUAUUUAUCUUAAAUUUGUCAUGUAUUACAAUAAGUAUCUUUGAAAAAUGCAUUUUUUUWAAAAGUUCUCACUUGUUUAUGUGAACAUCAGUGUUUUUUUCUUAUUUGAAUAUGAGGUGCUGAGCACCUGGUAACUUCAGCCAGAUGCAGCUGGUAUUUUGUUGUUUCUGCGUCAGAAAUGAACCUUGAUUUUAUCGAUGUAUGUUCUUUUGUUGAUUUUUUUGCUUUUUUUAAACUAUUAAUGUUUUGAUUUGCCAAUACCAUAAUAAUUUUCUGUAAUAAUUACUUAUUCCAUCCUUUUUGUUUUACACACUUGUCCUCUAUGGUCACGAGGAGCUGGUGCCUACAUGUCCUCCUGUUAUUGUGUGAGAGGCAGGGGAUACCCUGAACAGGUCCUAAAUCCAUUAAAGGGACACCUAAAGACAAAUGAGACAUGCACACUCUCACCCGCACCUAUUUAGAGUUACCAAGUAAGCUAGCAUGCAGGAAACCGGGGGGACAUCUGAACUGCAGAGAGGCAACCCCGCAACCUUUUCUCUGUGAAGCCACAGCUCUAACCACUGCACCGCCCUGCUGCCCCCUUAUUUUUUUAAUAAAAAACUUUUUUUCAGAA